UAAAUGAGCUCCACUCAAGAAAUUGUAACUUUGUGGUCAAAGGACCAGGUUUCUUGUCAUUGAUUUGCAAGUUGAAAACCCCUCUACUUUAAAUCAGGGAUCCUGGCAUUACCGCUGGGCCUCAUUAUAAAAGUAUGGCUAGGUCAAUUAUGUGGUCUCCUACUUGACUAGUGAGUCAUACCAAAUUACGACAUCCCCUUGUAAAUAAAUCAUAUUUCUGUAAGCCACUUGUUGACCACGUAUUUCUUACGUAAAUUGGAAUGUCCUGCUUUACUACACAUAAAUCUUGAUAGAAUUCAUACCCCAGUUGAUCACAUGUUUUUUGCUACAGUUUGUACAGUUUACCACUGAUAGUAGCCUGUUGACUGAAGUUGUUGAAAACUGUUGGGAUACCUGUUUGUGCACAUUCUUCCUGUUGUUGCUUAAGAUCAUUGAUCAAUAUCACGAGUUAAACUCACUACUCUGAAUUUUAAAUCCAAUUUUUAUCUAUGCCGCGUCUACUAUUUCUUCUGUGUCCUGGUGUCCUAGACUUGUCCACUUACACAUCUGGUCAGCAGCGUCAACCUUGGGUCGACGCAGAGUAAGUCCUGAUUGGUCUGCUAUACUCAAACCUUCUCUAUCCGUUGCCUCGAGUCCAAGGACAAGUCAACAGCCAGCCUCCGUUAUUAUUUCAAACAUACAUAGGCCUACAUAUAAACAUACUGGGCCUUAUCGUACCUUUAAACUCAAAAAUCACAGUUAUAAAUAAGCCAAAAGUGGUUGUGAAUAGGGCAAGCUGCGAAUAAUCGAUCGGUAAUAAAAUAGGAAUUAUAAAGAGUACAGUGAUAGAUAGUGGGUUAUACGAAAGCUUAAGAUAAACACUAUAUAUAUAUAGCCCAGUUACCCAGUAAUAAUACAAUAAUAACAUUACAAUAAUUAGUUCAGAGAGUUACCAUUUCUUCAAUUUUCAUCCGGAUACAUCCUUCCAUAUUACUUAUGUUUAUGCUUUAGUCAUAUCAUGUUUUCAUUUCACAGUAAAUAUGUUUGUCUUAAAAUAUUCAUUCAAUAUUUGGUACGGAUUUAUUAACAAUAGAUAAUUUUUUUUGUUAUUACUUAACAGAUGUCAAACUAAGUUGAAAGAUUUGGUUGCAGAACAUAUUGAUCAUUUACACUACAUAGAUGACUUGUUGUCAUUGGGUAUAGAAGGUUUAAAUGAAGUACUGUGUGACCAGUUACUGAGAAGAUUAUUUAUACCAUUACAUAUCUACUCACUAUUUAAGCAAUAUAAAUCGGAUGCAACAACAAAUCUAGGGACAGUUCGUAGACCUCGUCUAUCCUAUUCAGUGACGGUAUUUACACUAAUUCAUGUCUAUUUAUUUCUACGUGAUACUCGACUAAUCUGUUUACUUACGGAAGCUAUUCUAAUUGGCGAUCUCACAUUGCCUGGUUUAAUAAUACCUUGUAAUAUACCAUGUUCCAAUUCACAAAUUGUCUUCAAUAACUCUACAACUCAGGAUUGUUCUGUAAGUUUUCUAAAUAAUUUAAAUUACGACGAAACUGAUGAUACUGCAUCUGAUGAUGACCCAGCAAUGAACAUUGCUAGAACGUUAAUUGCUGCCACUGUGUCUUUACGAGCUUCUGACCAAGCAUCACCUGGGAAAAGAUUAACUGCUUACUUAAUACAUUCAGUAACAUCAAAAAAUCCAUUGAUAUUUUCUCAACCUAGUGAAUCAUUAGAACAUGGAUUGACUCAAGCAAAAGGUGUAACACAGACAUUGAUGUCUGUUCUAUGGCCACCCAAUAUGGCUCCACUAAAACUAGUGGAGAGGAAUUCAGAAACUUGUGCUCAGUCAUCCAGUACUUCAAAUCCAUAUGAAAAACGCUCAUCUGAUCUGUCACCAGGCGAUUCACAAAUACAGUCUCCUAACAGCUGUACAGAUGUUUCUUCUAUUGAAAAAUCCCCAGUUAAAACUGAAGAUUCAUCAUUUAAUUCAUCAGUUGUUUUUGGACAAAAUGAUAAACCGAUCGAUGCUGACUUAUCAAAUCUAUCUGGCCGUGUUUUUUUAAGAUCUUUAUUUCGUUCUUUGGAAAUUGGUUCCGGUUCAGAUCAAGAUGCCUUAUUCUCUAUUCUCCUUUUAUUUGCUAUAAAAUCAAAUAAAGGUGUUGAUUUGGCUACUUUGAAACUUGCCCAAUUAAACGGCCUCGAUAUAAAAAAUGAACCAUCGUAUAAUUAUACGCUUGUCACAAAGCUUAUUGAAUUAAUUGGUGACGCAUGUAAAGCUGGAAGUCGUAUUCGUUUAAUCACUGUACGAAUGGCUAUUCGUUUGCUAACAGACUUAGUGUAUAGCGUCAGUUGUGGUUGUCAAUUGUCCGAUCAACAUUUCGCUGGAAUUAUUAAUGCUCGGGAAGAAGCGAUGCUUGUUUUAAGGAGUUAUUUUGAGAUUAGUGCAAUAUUUCUAGACCUGUUUGAAAACGAAUUACGUCGUAUUCAAUCAGCACUUCCUCUGCUAUCUACAUUAGCUACAGAUGCUCGCCUGUUAAUACAACCAUAUUCAUCAUUCUUGGAGCAAUCAGAGAUAACUAAAGAUACUACUAAUGCUAUAAGUAGUAGUAAUAAGAUGCAAAUGUUGACAUGUGAUGAUAUGGAUUUAAUCUAUCGAUUACCGAAUAAUGAACGUGAGCAUAUUCAACGUGCAAUCGGUAUCUAUCUUAUUGUACAUAUUUGGUUGGAAAGAAUGCUGUCUUUAAAAAUGAAUGUUACCUCAUGUCAAGAUGUAAUUGUCGAUGCUGAUAACAUUUGUUCAUCAGUUCAUAAUUCGGAGAUAUUUCCAAAUGAUUUAUUUUCCAAUCUUGUUGGUAUACCUGGAUUAGGUGGAUUUUGUAGUAUAUCAGAUCCUAAAUCAACUACACCUACAUUAAAGACAGGAGAUAGACUAGAUCUAUUCUCUGAAACCCUGAUUGGAUGUACAGUGGAAUGUUCUGGCAUUCAUGAAAAACGUUUUAUAGUUAGUUGUGGUCAGCAGUUGGUUCUGGUAAAACCUGACUCAAAACAACUUGGUUGGGGUGUCAUAACAUUCAUUGGACCAUUACAGGAUUUGGAAUCUCAUUGUGAUCCAGCUGAUAGUCGUUGUCUUCAUGUGACCAUUCAUGCACCUGGCCAUUUAACCUGUCAAAAUUCUAGUCCUGGACGAUUAUUCAGUAAUAUUAAUAAUACUAAUAGUAAAUCGCCGAUUAUGGUUGCAAAGUUUCUAUUUGAAGAUCAUAUACGUUGUAUGACAGCUCGGCAAUUAUUGUCCCGUGGUAAAACAGUCGUUGAACAAACGAAACUACGGAAGAUCGCAUCUUUGCUUGACUUCCCACCUCAAUUUAUACGCGAAAAGUUUUUAGCUAACAACACAAGUACUGGUUACAACAGUGGUAUUGUUGGUAGUAAAAACUAUAUGUGUAAUAGCCAACACACAAUGAUUGUCAACAACCGUUUUGAUCCGGCGAAUACAAGUGGUAUGCAUUUAAAUAGUAUUAGUACUAGUGGUAGACGAAUCGGUGCAAAUGUAAUAACUGGAACGAAAAGAGCUGAACAAUCACCACCUGUGCAAAUAAGGAAGUUUAUAAGUGACAAUGACAAUAGUACUAAUAACGAUAGCAGCAGCAAGACUGGUGAAAGUGUACGCCCAGGUGAUUGUCUAGUUGGUCUGCAAGGUAAUGCGAAUACAUCUGGUUGUUUACAUGAUACAUAUGGAACUGACGCAUCAUCGUUAGUGGCACCAUUAGUUUGUUUGGCUAAUUCAAAUACUUCAACAAUGUCAAUAACUAAAGCAACAGAGUCAACUGCAUCAACAAGUACUCUUGGUGAACCAGUUGUAAAACCUAAUCCACUACUAAACUUUACUAUCACUAAAACACCUAACAGCAGAAUGAUGAAUCAACAAGAAAUUUCUCAAUUAACAACGUCAUCUUCUGUUCACAAAACAGUAGGUGUUGGAAAGAGAAUCACUGAGAAGAAGGAAGAGAAGCAACACUGGCCACAGCAACAUGAGGAUGAUGAGGAGGAGCAGACUGUCGAUGAAAAGAGAAAACUUAUCAAUUUAUCUAAAGCAUUUUCUAAUUUAAAACCAGAUAUGUCUACAAAUGACUAUUUAAGUGGAAAUAAACAAGCUGAACAUAAUUACUUAUCUUCUGAAUCCAAACAGUUAAAUUAUUCACCAGGUGAUAUUUCCGAUGUGUAAAAAUGAAAGACAGGGAGUAUGGAAAACUGAGAAUUUUUAUCUUAAAAUGCUUGUUUAAUUACAAUAAUGGUUGUUAUAUUUUGUAAAUACUCGUUUAAAACCGAACGAACAGAUCAAAGAGGAGCGAAUGCAAUAGAUCUAUCAAUCUAUCUAUUUAAGUAUAUAUGUAUGUGUAAACGAAUAAUACCUGCCAAAAGAACCAUUUGCCUAACUACUUGAAAGUUGUUUGUAUCUUUCAAGUUCCUGUCUUUCAAUACUUCAUUUCUAUUUAAAUUUCCCUUCUUUGUUGCUGAGUAAGCACAACAGAAUGACUGAAAUCUUGUAUGCUCAUGUUUUUAUAUAAUUAUGUGUAACUUACUAUUAUUACUACUACUAUUACUAGUAAGUCGUGAUAGCGUAGCGGUACCAAUAUGCAAUAUUAAUCCUUUCUUUAAAUGUAAAUUGAGACAAAUGCAUUCAUUAUUAUUUGUUUUAAAUGUAUUUAAGAUUCAUAUUUUCAAGAAGAAAGAAUAAAUGUUUAUGUCAUUAUUUAGAUGCUUGUAAUAUUUUGUUAUAACCAACAUCGGUAGUGGUUAAUAAUCAUUAAUUAAUUAUUUUUUUUCUUUCUCUCUCUGCUUAAAUGAUAAUCUUUAAUUGAGUAGAGAGCGAAACGGAAAUAAUUGAUAAUAUGUACUCUUUGAACUACUCAUAAAAAUAUGUAUUGGGUGACUAGCAUAGAAUCAGAAUGAACAUUUUUUCAUUUUCCAAAAGGAUAAUUUAUGUAAAUUGUUCUUAUUUAUCAAUUUUAUAAUUAAUGAUAAACAAAAAUGAGUUUCAUGAUAUAAUUUACUCAAAAGACAGUGAAUUUUUGUCUUGUUCAAUCAAAAAAUACACAUAUUCAAUUAUUACUAAGGGAUCGAUGAACUCAGUACUUUCGUGUGUAUCCAAAUUAACGUAUCGUUAAUUAUUCUAACUAGUAAGCUUCUACUAUUCCAUUGCGAAAUCGUAUUUUUCAUAUCUUUUGUAGAUAUUUUUGUAUUUCAUAGUUAUCUACUGACUUCAGUACAAUGCUUCACAGUUAUAAAGUAUAGAAAACAACUUUUACGUUUUGCAUCAAAAUUAUGGAAAUAAAUACAAUAGUGUAGUACGAAAAUUAUUUUGGGCAGAAAUAUUUUUGUGGUUCUAAAUUUGAUUUUGCUGGUGACUAUCCGUAAGAAUAAAGUGAGAGAUUCUCAUUGAAAAGAUAUUUCAUUUAUUCAUCGAAUUAUCUACCAACUUCAUUGAUGUCUUAUCACAAUAGCCGUUAGUAUCUGGAAGAUUAUUUUUCUAAGGUGUUGGGGGAAAUAUUCGGCAUCACUUAAUUAACAGGAUUUUUACAGAAGGAAAUGAUUUGUUCACUUUCCGGCUAAUUCAGGCAUAGGUUGUGUCUGGUCCUAUUGUAUAGAAUAGGAUAUGGCGUCAAUAGCUUCUUUCUUCGAACAAUUGAGACACAAACGUGGUUACAGGUGUUUACUAUUCACCAAUGGACUGAAGUGCAUGUGGGAACUUUUUCAGAAAAUUAGACGUAUUGUGGCCAGCAAUCGAGUCUAUGGUGCGCGUUCCAACCUAUUUACAACUCGUCAGCCGAAUAUACGUGGAUCUCGGUGAUGUUUACAUCGGAAAUGUAAUAAUAAAAGGGAAUGGGAGGCAAAUAUAUCACAUUAUCAAAAACUUAUUGUACUUUGAUAGUUUACAGGAAGUUAUAACUUUAAUCCGCUUAGACGAAUCUUUCUGUACUUGAGAGCAAAUUCAUAUCACUGAACAAAUUAUUCUCUUAUGUUAAUAAUGAUACACUCGAUACCGUUACGAAACAACAUGAAGUCUUAUUAUCAAAUGUGAGUCAAUUUUCUAUACUGCAGAAAACUCGGACUUCUAACAAGAAUAGUCCCGAUUCCUUCAGACAAAUAAAUGAUUCGAAAAGCCCUUUAAAUUCAUCCUUGAAUACUUAGUCCUGUCCUUCAUGAUGUUAGCUGCACCUUCCUAGUUCAUAGCAAUUUCGUUAUCUACUUUGCUAUAAGUGUGGAAAGAUUGAGCAUACAUAAGAAGUUUGCAAAAGUUCCAAGUCAUUCACUUCUGAGACUCUGAAUGAUGGUGGAUCAAGAUCAGCUGACUUGGAUAUAAGGAUGGCUUCGUUUUUGCUCACUAUUGUUUGCAGCAACACUUCACAUUUAAUGCAAAAAUUAAUUGCUAACACAGGUAAGUCCCAUUCAUUUAUUACUGAUACUGGUAGAAUAGAGUCAAUUUACCGUUUCUUCAUAAUGAUGUCUAUUUAAAACCUACAUGUAGUGUAAUUACUGACACCAAUGGCCAUCAGUUAGCCAUUAUUGAUACAGUUGAUAUUCCAUUGAGGAAAGAAGAGGGUAGUUGUGUUAAUAUUCCUUUCCUAGUUAGUUAGUAAGGUCUAUCCGUGCUUAUGUUCAAGGGCCUAAGAUUGCUGGAUGUACGCAUUCCUUUAUGCACCAAUUCUUCUGACAGUACCUUAAUCAAAGAUCUGGUUUUAAAAUGCUCGAAGGCUGUGGAAGGUAUGAAAAUUCACCCAGCACAUUGAGAAGUAAAAGGAGAGACGACCUUCUUGAAGCGUAGACUAAUUUCACAUAGUUUAAGAGAGGCCAUGAAGAAUGAGCUAAUUAAACUGGUAGGAAAAGAGAUAAUAAUUGCAGUUGAGUCGUUGAGAUGGGCUAAUCCCAUUGUGACUCCAUUAAAGACGGAUGAAAAAGCAUUCAGAAUUUGUGGUGAUUACCACCUGACAUUAAAUACUCGGUUAUUGCAGCAGAUUUGUAUCAGUGAAGAUAUUCUAUACAAUUUAAGAGGAUUAAGGUAUUUUUCUAAAAUGGAUCUGAAAGAUGUUUAUUUGCAAAUUCCAUUGAUGAGAUCUCUAUUGAACUAAAAACUAUUAAUACACCAUAAGGGCUGUUCACAUACAGAUUCCUACUAUUUGGAUUAAAUGUUUUCCCUGAGGUAUUCCAGAAGUUGAAAUUUUCACAAGACCCCUUCUGAGUAUUCCAAAAGAUUAUAAAUCAAAUUAUCACCGGUCUUAAUGAUGUUGGGUGGUAUCAGGAUGAUAUCGCAUUUCUUGCCGAAAAUAUUAAAUUGCAUAAUGGACGCCUUUUAUGACACGUAGGGCCGUAAAUCCAUCCAAGUGUCAGUUUCAACUUAAUUCCAUCAACUGCCUAGGCUAUACUGUAGAUACUAAGGUUUUUAAACCUGAUAUGAGCGGCCUAGCCCCAUUGAUUUAAGCAUCAUCACCUACGAAAAUCUCAGCACACAGAUCAUGGUCUGUUGCUCUUCAGUUUUGUUCCAGAUUUAUUCCUAACUUUGCAAAAAUAUUAUUUUAACUUUUUGACUUAGUUUCUAGCAGAGUUUGUAUGGGAACAACGACAAGAUAUACUGGGGAACACCUUAUGGUUUUUAACUGGUAAGGCUUUCCUCUGACCGUUUACACCGACUGAACAAUCUAUCCUUACUAUAAAUGUAUCUCCACUGGGAUUAGAUGCGGUUCUAGAGCGGAGUGGGGAACCUGUCAUUUUUAUUUUCAAAUGAUUAAGCAAGGGUGAACAAGGAUAUUCUCAGACACAAAAGGAAGCUUUGGUUAUGGUAUGGGCAAUAAAAAGACUGCAUCAAUAUUUGUUUGGUGUAAAAUUUCAUAUUGUAAAUAAUCAUCAGGCGUUAAAGUUUAUUUACCAUCCAGCUAAGUUACUUCAUUGGUCAUUCUCUGCCAUGGAUGGAAUUCAGAGUUGGGUGCUUAUGAUUUCACCAUUGAGCACCAAGUGGCCGAAAGCACACCGCAUGCAGAUUACCUCCCACGUUAUUUAUAUUUCAGAAAACUACCAAAUGAAAGUGACUGAAUGUUGGGUCAACCAUGACCUGUUGGUAUUGCAGUACUUGUGAACAAUACUUGCAAUUAUUUAGGGAUUGUCAUAAGUACAGUGAAAAGAGAUUGGAAUGUUCAGUGCAAUCGUAGGUUCCCUGAGUUCUACAAAAGGAGAGAAGACAUCUUACUACAUCCUGAGGGUUUUUUGUGCUUUAAUGAUGGAGUAACCACUCCCUUCUACCUUAGAUCUGCAGUAUUAGACGACUUUCAUUCCGCCCAUUUGGGAGCAGAGAAAAUGAAAUUUCUUGCUCGUCAGACUAGUUGGUGGUCUGAGAUCAAUGCUGAUUCAAGUCGGAAACCAAAGGACUGUCCUUCUUGUUUACAUAAGCUGUCGUAUAAUAAAAUCUACUUUGAAUCCUUGGCCUGAAUAUUAUGGAUGGUGGCAACGUAUUCAUGUGGAUUACUGAGGCCCAUUUUUAAACUCAUACUAUGCCUUAGUUAUUAUUGAUUCAUGUUGUAGAUGGCUAUAAGUGUUACCCACAGACAGUUCUAGGGAACGCUUUACUCAAAGAGAGAUGAGGAAUAUAUUUAGUUGUGAAGGGAUACCCAAUGUAUUAGUAAAGGAUAAUAGAACCGAUUUCACAGAAAGAGUUUAACAACUCGCUUACUGAUAUUGGAUGCCGUCAUCUAUUUACAGCUCCACAACAACUUCAGUCUAACGGUUUAGCAGAAAAUUUCGUUCGGACUUUAAAGAGUACCAUAACGUCAGUGAAUCCGAAUAAUCUUGAAGAGCCAUAAAAAUGUAUCGACGAUUUCUUGUUCAACAUUGUAAUGCAGAACAUUCAAGAACUUAUGACCUUCCAGCUGAAUUCCUUAAAUCUCGCAUACUUCGAACUCAUUUAGUGAACAAAAUAUCACCAGAAGUACAAUUUUAGCAAGGAAAUGAAUACGGACCAUCUACAGAGAUCACAAAUCACAGAGUGGUAAAUAUUCUUGGUUUAAAUGACCAUUCAGUUCACAGCAGGCAUAUAUACCAAGUGAAGGUUAAUGGAGUAGUUGAUCCCAAUUUUAAUUCUGAUCAUUCUCUAACUAAUCCUGAUUCUGAAAAUAAAAAUCAGAAUGCUAAACAAUCGAGACCUAACAGAAUUACAAACAAACUCAUACUACAUUAUACACACAUAGACAGACAAUCAUGUGGUGGAUGUGGUGAAUAACCAAUACAUUUACUGUACAGUUUAAUUUUUGUUGUGUUUUAACCGACCAUAAUAAUACAAUACAAUUUCAUACUGGG